UCCCAAUCCUGCGCUCAGUCCUGGUGGAGAUCUGGAAGCCAAUAGGAGGAGGUUCUCCUAAUAGAUGCAAAUGUUCGUGAAAAGACGCUGCAAAAUAUGAAACAAGUCAUUUGCUGCGAAGUAAAUCACAGAAACUGUUUAUGAACUGGCAAUCCCUUCCUGGAAAUGUAAAGCGACAAGUCUUAAGUGCUAUUUUUUUGAUUAUGAUAAAAAACAAGGGAUGCAAUCUCGUCCAGGCAUAGACUUUUGAUUGUAUCUUUCUUUUAUAUUCCUGGAAAUCACAGACACAACCAGCCAGGAUCUUUUUUGCUUCUUCUUCUUCUUCUUCUCUUUUGUCUGUAAAAAAGAACCAUUAAAAUGAGCUCCUAUUUUGUUAAUUCACUCUUCUCCAAAUACAAAACAGGGGAGUCUUUGCGCCCCAAUUACUAUGAUUGUGGCUUUGCACAGGAUCUAGGAGGCAGACCCACAGUUGUGUAUGGACCCAGUGCUGGGGGCACCUUUCAGCACCCUAGCCAAAUUCAGGAAUUUUACCAUGGAACUUCCUCCUUGUCCUCACCCCCUUACCAGCAGAAUCCUUGCGCUGUGACCUGUCAUGGGGACCCCAGCAGCUUCUAUGGAUACGACCCUUUGCAGAGGCAGAGCCUGUUCAGCAGCCAGGACUCGGAUCUAGUGCAAUACACCGACUGCAAGUUGGCUUCAGCCGGCCUGGGGGAAGAGGCAGAGAGCUCUGAACAGAGUCCCUCACCCACACAACUCUUUCCAUGGAUGAGACCACAAGCAGCCGCUGGACGCAGGAGAGGUAGACAAACCUACAGCCGCUACCAGACGCUGGAGCUGGAGAAAGAAUUCCUCUUCAACCCCUACCUGACCCGCAAACGGAGGAUCGAGGUCUCUCAUGCUCUGGGACUUACUGAAAGACAGGUUAAAAUCUGGUUCCAGAACAGGAGGAUGAAAUGGAAAAAGGAAAACAACAAAGAUAAGUUCCCCAGCAGCAAAUGUGAGCAGGAGGAACUGGAGAAACAGAAAAUGGAGAGGUCACAACAAGACACUGAGGACCCACUGGAUGGACAAAAGGGCGAGAAGAGCCUAGACUAGGGUGGACAUGUGAGCAGGCAUUCUCUAUUCUCCCCAGUCCUCGUCCUAUGGUCCUGGAAAGAAGCAGGCAUUCUCCAAUUGUCCCCAGUCCUCGUCCUAUGGUCCUGGUUACAUAUACAGGAGGGGGGCACGAUGUUGCUGUAGCUGAAAUCCCCUCUUAUUCCGACUUAUUAAAAACCUAACCAGAGCCCCAUAAGACAA